CACCAAGAAGGAAGGGGGACCUAGGAGUUCCAGCUCCCGGGCCGCUUUCAGGGUCCUCCACUGGAGGGAGCGCAGAGCCCAAAGGGAUUUCUUUUUCCAGAGGCCAGAGGGGAGCCCAGUCCCUUGCGAGCCCAAACCCCCGGCGCCUGCGAAAGUUUGAGUAUGGGAGCGGCAGUUUGGGGCGGCACGUCUGUGGCUUGAUAUUGGGUGACUUUCUGGAGGAAAGUUGAUUGCUUUUGAGAGGAGACAGACCCACUUUCCCUUGUCUGUGUCGUCAGAGCUCCAGGGAGGGACCUGGGUAGUCGGAGAAGCCGGAAACAGCGGGCUGGGGCAGCCACUGCUUACACUGAAGAGGAAGGACGGGAGAGGAUUGUGCACCCUCCAAACCCCAGAUCAUGUCUCUGUGGGGUCUGGUCUCCAAAAUGCCCCCAGAAAAACUGCAGCGGCUCUAUGUCGACUUCCCUCAACACCUGCGGCAUCUCCUGGGCGACUGGCUGGAGAACCAGCCCUGGGAAUUCCUUGUCGGCUCAGACGCCUUCUGCUGCAACAUGGCCAGCGCCCUACUUUCUGCCACUGUCCAGCGUCUUCAGGCCUCGGCUGGAGAACAGGGGGAGGGGAGCACCAUCUUGCAACACAUCAGCACCCUGGAGAGCAUAUAUCAGAGGGACCCCCUGAAGCUGGUGGCCACUUUCAGACACAUACUUCAAGGGGAAAAAAAAGCCAUUAUGGAACAGUUCCGCCACCUGCCAAUGCCCUUCCACUGGAAGCAAGAGGAACUCAAGUUUAACACAGUCCUGCGGAGGCUGCAGCACCGAGUGGGGGAAACCUGCCUUCUCCGCAAAGCCCUGCAGCCUGGGGCUGAGGGAGGCCAAGUGUCUUUGCACAGCCUGAUAGAAACUCCUGCCAAUGGGACCGGGCCAAGUGAGGCCCUCGCCACGUUCCUGCAGGAGACUGUCGGGGAGCUGGAGGCUGCCCAGGCCCUGGUGCUGAAGAGGAUCCAGAUUUGGAAACGGCAGCAGCAGCUGGCAGGGAAUGGUGCACCCUUUGAGGAGAGCCUGGCCCCACUACAGGAGAGGUGUGAGAGCCUGGUGGACAUUUACUCCCAGCUGCAGCAGGAGGUGGGGGCGGCUGGUGGGGAGCUUGAGCCCAAGACCCAGGCAGCGCUGAUUAGCCGGCUGGAUGAAGUCCUGCGAACCCUCAUCACCAGCUCUUUCCUGGUGGAAAAGCAGCCCCCCCAGGUUCUGAAGACUCAGACCAAGUUCCAGGCCGGGGUUCGAUUCCUGCUGGGCCUGAGGUUCCUGGCGGCCCCAGCCAAGCCUCUGAUGGUCAGGGCCGACAUGGUAACCGAGAAGCAGGCGAGGGAGCUGAGCAUGCCCCAGGGGCCCGGGGCUGGAGCAACUCAAGUGGGGAGAUGGAGAUUAGGGGCCAGUAGUCCAGGCCAUUCGCCGGUGGACUCAAGCUCCUGCCACUCCUGGCCCAGUUGGGAUGAGCCACUUUCUGACUUGCCUGGCAGAGAAAGCACUGGGGAAAUCAUUAACAACACCGUGUCCCUGGAGAACAGCAUUCCCGGGAAUUGCUGCUCUGCCCUGUUCAAGAACCUGCUUCUGAAGAAAAUCAAGCGGUGCGAACGGAAGGGCACAGAGUCUGUCACCGAGGAGAAGUGUGCCGUGCUCUUUUCCACCAGCUUCACGCUCAGCCCCAACAAACUCCCUAUCCAGCUCCAGGCCCUGUCUCUGCCCCUAGUGGUCAUCGUCCACGGCAACCAAGACAACAAUGCCAAAGCCACCAUUCUGUGGGACAACGCCUUCUCUGAGAUGGACCGCGUGCCCUUUGUGGUGGCUGAGCGGGUGCCCUGGGAGAAGAUGUGUGAAACUCUGAACCUCAAGUUCAUGGCUGAGGUGGGGACCAACCGGGGGUUACUCCCAGAGCACUUCCUCUUCCUGGCCCAGAAGAUCUUUACCGACAACAGCCUCAGCAUGGAGGCCUUCCAGCACCGUUCUGUGUCCUGGUCACAGUUCAACAAGGAGAUCCUGCUGGGUCGUGGCUUCACCUUUUGGCAGUGGUUUGACGGCGUCCUGGACCUCACCAAACGCUGUCUCCGGAGCUACUGGUCAGAUCGGUUGAUCAUCGGCUUCAUCAGCAAACAGUACGUCACUAGCCUUCUUCUCAACGAGCCUGAUGGAACAUUCCUCCUUCGGUUCAGUGACUCAGAGAUUGGGGGCAUCACCAUUGCCCAUGUCAUCCGGGGCCAGGAUGGCUCCCCACAGAUAGAGAACAUCCAGCCAUUUUCUGCCAAAGACCUGUCCAUUCGCUCACUUGGUGACCGAAUCCGGGACCUUGCUCAGCUCAGAAACCUCUACCCCAAGAAACCCAAGGACGAGGCUUUCCGGAGCCACUACAAGCCUGAGCAGAUGGGUAAGGAUGGCAGGGGUUAUGUCCCAGCUACAAUCAAGAUGACUGUGGAAAGGGACCAGCCACUUACCACCCCUGAGCCCCAAAUGCCUACCAUGAUGCCCUCUUACGAUCUUGGAAUGGUCCCUGACUGCUCCGUGAACAUGCAGCUCGGCCCAGAUAUGGUGCCCCAGGUGUUCCCACCACGCUCUCACUCCAUCCCCUCAUAUCCAGCCCUUCCCCGGGAAGAAUCGGUCAAUGUGCUGCCAGCCUUCCAGGAACCUCACCUGCAGAUGCCGGCCAACCUGAGUCAGAUGAGCCUGCCCUUUGACCAACCUCACCCGCAGGGCCUGCUGCCGUGCCAGCCUCAGGAGCAUGCCGUGUCCAGCCCCGAGCCCUUGCUCUGCUCAGAUGUGACCAUGGCGGAAGAGAGCUGCCUGAGGCAGUCUGUGGGAGGAUUCCCUCAAGGCACCUGGGUCCGUGAAGACAUGCUCCCGCCCUUGCUGCCUCCCACUGAACAGGACCUCACCAAGCUUCUCUUGGAGGGGCAAGGAGGGUCAGAGGGAGGGUCCUUGGGAGCCCAACCCCUCCUGCAGCCCUCCCGCUAUGGGCAGUCUGGGAUCUCAAUGUCCCACCUGGACCUAAGGGCUAACCCCACUUGGUGAUCCCAGCUGGAGGGAGAGCCCAGAGAGACAGCUCUCCUGCCCCCAUGGACCUGCUGUGAACACCUGCCUGUGCUCCUGCCAAGCAGCAGCUGGGGAGGGUGUCCUCCUAUCCCCACCUACUCCCUGGUCAGGAGGAAAAGACUUUGCCAGGAGAAUGUACAGUGGGUGGAAAAUAUCUACUCCUUCCCUCCCACCACACACCCCUGCCCUCCCCUUUCCAAAUACUGGAAGGGAAAUUCAGGUUCCAAGUGAGACACGCCCCAAAACGCCUGCACACGCAGCACACACACACACACACACACACA